AUGGCUACAGCCUCUGAAAACCAGGCUCCGAAACCCGUCCUUUCCAUUGAUGAUUUUAUUAAUCAAUGUCCGCCACGCGAGAUCCUCCUCAGAAUGGCUAGCCAAGAUGAUUUUUCUACAGAAAGCGCUGUAGAAGAAAUCGUUGCACUGACUAGGGCAGCUGCUGUGGAGGCCGCGGCUGCCGCUGAGCGCGCCGAACAACAGAAUAAUGCAUUAUUAAGGCACGCGGACAUCGUGACUGCUAUUAUAAUUGCAUUGGCCGUCGUGCCCGAUCCGACAGAGGGGGGUAUACUACACUUAAAAGACGGGCUUGCGACGACCCCCUUCUGGUCGGGCAUGCCUCGAUUUUCCAUAAACCUAGCUGAGGAAGCCCUGAGAGGCCCUGGCAUUCCUUCCGAAGAUAUAUUGAAGAGUCUUGACUGGGCAAAUUUAGUAGCCUUCUUUGCCCAGCUCGCGGAACUUAAAUUCUGGGACCUAUUUGAGGAUACUUCUUGGGACUUUGCCCACUUGACACAGCUAUUCGAAGAGGAAGAGGAAGUUACAAAGCAAGACGUGCGGGUAGCCUGCAUGUGGUUCAUCCACGCAUCUAAGAAGGUUUGGACGGAUGUUCAGUUGCGUCGCAGCGACGACGAGGACUUUUUUGAGCCGGAGUUCUGGCCAAGGUGGAAGCAAUCCCUUCAAGGUUACCAGAAAAAGCUCUCGGUUGACAUUGCAAACAAGGACUUGCAGAGACUUAUAAGUUGCUCAUUAGAAAGCAUUAAUAAAACUGAAGCCGAGCUAGGCAAAUAG